UAAGGGUUAGACAAGACUUGUUUAUUUCGAAAUUGAUCAUUUGCCAGUGAGUGCUGAAUGAAAGCAUACAGUAUGUAUAUCAGCAAUAUGAACAAAAUUAUUCUGCCUUUUCUGCUUUUACUUCCAAUAGCUGCUCCAAAAGGAUCUCAUUCUUUGUGGGUGCUUGCAACGUACAUUAAAGGACAAACGCAGUUUCCUGAAUUUAGCUAUGUAGGGAUGUUGGAUGAUAUCAGAAUUAUGUACUAUAACGGCGAGACGAAGACUCUCAUUCCAAGAGCAAAUACAACAACUGAAUAUGAUGUGUUUGAUGCAGAUGUUCUCCUCACAAUAAGUGAAUACAUGAAAACAUCCUUUGUGAACAGAUGGCUGGUAGCAACAAAAAACUUAAAUGAAACUGAUCCUGUUCUUGCCCUCCAGAGGCUGGUUGUGUGUGAACUGAGAGAUGAUGGUGAACCGGGACAAAUGAUCACACGGGAUGCUGUCAGAGGCUCCACCACUGAUGAGUUGCUAUAUGUUGACAAGAACUUCACAUACCAGGGGAAUUUAAAUGUCCCGGCCCAAGUGCUGAAUAUUCAUCUUGAAUUUAACAUGAGGCGUCAUGAAAGUUUUUAUCAGCCAUUCUGCAUCAAAACACUCAAGGGUUACCUUGAAAAAAGGAAAAAUCAAGUCAAUAGAAAAGUGAAACCCAAAGUCAGGCUCCUCAAGAAAGAACUGUCUUCUGGGUUUCGUGUGAGUUGUUUGGCGACAGGAUUUUACCCUCGUCACAUCAACCUGACCCUGUUCAGAGAUGGACAGCCUGUAUCUGAUCAUGAGAUCACUGGAGGAGAUCUGCUGCCCAAUGGUGACGGGACGUACCAGCUGAGGAAGAGUCUGGAGAUCAGUGCAGACUGAACACAAAUACACCUGCUCUGCCACACACCUCAGUCUGGACAACAAACUGGACGUCACUUUGGAAUUUGAUCCUGGUGAACCAUUUAAAUCAGUGAUUCUCCCAGUGCUGAUAGUUUUGGUUCUGCUGUUGGUGUUUGGAACAGGAGCUGUCUUAUAUAAAUGCGGGAAGAGACGAGCAG